CCUCCCCUUUUCUUUUCCUCUCCCCUCCCUUCUCUUUCCUUCUCCUCCCCCUGCUCCCAACAGCGUAACCGCCGCUCGGGCUUCUCUCCCUCCCUUUCCCUCCCUUUCCCUCCCCUUCGGCCGCCGCCGCCGUAGGGACCUGAAGAGAGGCGCCGCCUCCGCCGCCGCGCACGGAGCCAUGUACCCGGGAGCCAGCACCGCCGGACCCGUGCUUGCACCUCCUCCACCGUUGCCACCACCAGUACAGGGAUAUGCCUUCAAACCUCCUCCUCGCCCAGAUUUUGGGACUUCUGGGAGAACAAUCAAACUGCAGGCCAACUUCUUUGAAAUGGACAUUCCUAAAAUAGAUAUCUACCAUUAUGAAUUGGAUAUAAAGCCAGAAAAAUGUCCAAGAAGAGUUAACAGAGAAAUAGUGGAGCAUAUGGUUCAGCACUUUAAAACACAGAUUUUUGGGGAUCGCAAGCCAGUGUUUGAUGGAAGAAAAAACCUUUAUACAGCUAUGCCACUUCCCAUUGGAAGAGAUAAACAGGUGGAGUUGGAGGUCACGUUGCCAGGGGAAGGGAAGGACAGAAUAUUUAAGGUGGCCAUAAAGUGGAUGUCCUGUGUGAGUUUGCAGGCAUUGCAUGAUGCUCUUUCUGGCCGGCUGCCGAGCGUCCCGUUUGAAACCAUCCAGGCACUGGAUGUUGUGAUGAGGCACUUGCCUUCCAUGAGAUAUACUCCAGUGGGGAGAUCUUUUUUUACAGCAUCAGAAGGGUGCUCAAAUCCAUUAGGUGGUGGCAGAGAGGUGUGGUUUGGAUUCCAUCAAUCAGUCAGACCUUCCUUAUGGAAAAUGAUGUUAAACAUUGAUGUAUCGGCAACUGCAUUUUACAAAGCACAGCCAGUUAUUGAGUUUGUAUGUGAAGUUUUGGAUUUCAAAAGCAUUGAAGAACAACAAAAACCUCUGACAGAUUCCCAAAGGGUAAAGUUUACCAAAGAAAUAAAAGGUCUAAAGGUGGAGAUAACACACUGUGGACAAAUGAAAAGAAAGUACAGAGUGUGCAAUGUCACCAGACGACCAGCAAGUCACCAAACAUUCCCACUUCAGCAGGAGAAUGGACAAACAGUUGAAUGCACUGUAGCUCAGUAUUUUAAGGACAGGCACAAAUUAGUUUUACGCUAUCCUCACCUUCCAUGUUUACAAGUUGGGCAGGAGCAGAAGCACACCUACCUUCCUCUUGAGGUGUGCAACAUAGUGGCAGGACAAAGAUGCAUCAAAAAACUCACCGACAAUCAAACUUCCACUAUGAUUCGAGCAACUGCCAGAUCAGCACCUGACCGUCAGGAAGAGAUCAGCAAAUUGAUGCGGAGCGCGAGUUUUAACACUGACCCUUACGUUCGUGAAUUUGGGAUAAUGGUGAAGGACGAAAUGACAGAUGUGACUGGUAGAGUCCUACAGCCUCCCUCAAUCCUCUAUGGAGGCAGGAAUAAAGCAAUUGCUACACCAGUUCAAGGAGUUUGGGACAUGAGGAAUAAACAGUUUCACACUGGAAUUGAAAUAAAGGUUUGGGCAAUUGCAUGCUUUGCUCCCCAGCGCCAAUGCACUGAGGUGCAUCUUAAGACUUUCACAGAGCAACUGAGGAAGAUUUCCAGAGAUGCAGGAAUGCCAAUCCAAGGGCAGCCAUGCUUUUGUAAAUAUGCCCAGGGAGCUGACAGCGUGGAGCCCAUGUUCAGGCAUCUCAAGAACACCUACACCGGUCUGCAGCUCGUUGUAGUAAUUUUACCAGGAAAAACACCAGUCUAUGCGGAGGUGAAGCGUGUUGGUGACACAGUGCUGGGAAUGGCUACGCAGUGUGUUCAGAUGAAGAAUGUGCAGAGAACAACACCUCAGACUCUGUCUAACCUCUGCUUAAAAAUAAACGUCAAGUUAGGAGGUGUAAAUAAUAUUUUACUGCCACAGGGGAGACCACCAGUAUUCCAACAGCCUGUCAUAUUCCUUGGUGCAGAUGUAACCCAUCCUCCAGCUGGAGAUGGAAAAAAGCCCUCCAUUGCUGCAGUUGUAGGAAGCAUGGAUGCUCAUCCCAAUCGCUACUGUGCCACUGUUCGGGUCCAGCAGCACCGCCAAGAAAUCAUCCAAGAUUUGGCUGCCAUGGUCAGGGAGCUGCUGAUUCAGUUCUACAAAUCAACCAGAUUCAAACCGACUCGUAUCAUUUUCUACAGAGAUGGAGUUUCUGAGGGGCAGUUUCAGCAGGUUCUCCAUCAUGAAUUGCUGGCUAUCAGAGAAGCAUGUAUUAAACUAGAGAAGGAUUACCAGCCUGGAAUUACAUUUAUAGUUGUGCAGAAAAGACAUCACACCAGACUCUUCUGUACAGAUAAAAAUGAGCGGGUUGGAAAAAGCGGGAACAUUCCAGCUGGUACCACAGUGGACACAAAAAUCACCCAUCCAUCGGAGUUUGACUUCUACCUGUGUAGUCACGCUGGUAUUCAGGGAACAAGCAGACCUUCACAUUACCACGUCCUCUGGGAUGACAAUCGUUUCUCUUCAGAUGAGCUGCAGAUUCUUACCUACCAGCUGUGUCAUACGUACGUACGCUGUACUCGUUCAGUUUCCAUCCCUGCACCAGCAUAUUACGCACACCUGGUUGCCUUCAGAGCCAGGUAUCAUCUGGUGGAUAAAGAACAUGACAGUGCUGAAGGCAGCCACACUUCGGGUCAGAGUAAUGGCAGAGAUCAUCAAGCACUUGCAAAAGCAGUUCAGGUUCACCAGGACACGUUGCGCACGAUGUACUUUGCUUGACAUCUUUCAAUGUUCAGUGACUCAGUACAGCACUGAGUUGGAUUCACGUGAGACCAGCUGCACUUAGACCAACAGUUGCCCAAGCUCCAGUGACAGCCAGCAAUGAGUGAUGUAUCUUCAUUUUUAUUUUUCCCCCCUUUUUGCAAGAAAGCCUUCCGUCCAGAAUUUCAGACUUGGUUAUGAACUGCAUUCUUCUACAAAGCCCCACGAUUGUUGGAAAUGUGGUUUGCCAAAAUCUCUUAAGCUGCCUGUUAUAAAACAGACCCAUGUUUUAUAAUUAAAUCAAGAGCUGUGAUCUCAGGGCUUAGGGGAAAAAAACAAAACACAAAACUCUUCAUUGUUUGCUAUUCAUUUAAUUGCUUUUAAUAAUUUGGAGAGAUCUAAUUCGUACUAAAGUUAAUGGGCUAAAAUGCUGUGAAUUAGCUUUUAAUACAAAGGAAAGCAGAGCAUUUUUUGACUAUUCAUGAAGCCUUGGUUUCAUUCUAGAUGCAUUUCCAAAAAUUUUAUUUUCAAAAGAAAAGAAUGACAAAAUCCUGCUUUCCAGCUGUCUUACAAAGAUUUUUUCUCUGCGUGUCUAAGGGCAAAUGUAUUUUCUGAAGCUUGUUCUUGAAUGUUUUUUAUUGUGCUGCAUUUAAAAAUGUUUUUCAUAGACUAAAGAAGAAUUUUAAAGCAGAAUGAAUGAACUUGUACCUGAACUUUUAAUAGGCGCAGUCAGAUUGGCAGAAGAAGAGGUGCCAUUUUUAAGAAAAGAAAAAGAAUUUAAGGUUGUUGUUUUUUUGUUUUUUUUUUAAAUCAUACUGACAGCUAACUUUAGAAUUUGUCAUACAGGACUGUGACACUCUCCAAAGUCUCUAAGGAAUACGGGUCUGUGGUGAUAAAUACAGUACAAUCCUCUUUCACUGUUAUGUUUGAAUUAAUGUAAAUUUUAUAUGUGUUUCACAGUAUUAAUGUGAUAGACUAGAUGCUAUUAUUUAUUUUUAUUUACUAAGGAGUGCUCAUUAUACUUCUGUUAACAUAUCAAGAAUGCUUUGGAUUUAGAAAUUAAAACCUUAUCGUGAGGACAUUACUAUUCAAAAGCAGAAAUAUGCAAUUGACUUCGAUGCGAGAGUUGAGAGCUGCGUACAGAGGACGCUGUGUAGCAGUCCUGUGGAGAAGGGCUUUUCAAAGCGUACACACAGCGUAGCAGGAUUUACCUGUGCAGUCAAAGACGCACACGAGACCAACGUUCUGCAUCCAUCCAAGCACAAGCAAUUGUAUUUUAUUUAUGUGUUGAUUAUUGGGGAAGCUGGAGCUCUAAGAGGGGGAGGUGGUUUGAUGUUUGUCACGUGGACAGAAGUCAGAGAAUCUAUGCAGUAAAGGUAAAUCUUAGGAAACUGAAGUUUACUUAGGAAGGGAGGUGAAACCUUCGUUAUGCAUAAGAGUAAACGUGAGAGUUUGGCCAUUCUCCUAGGAGAAGCAUUAAUUAACUGGUAGUUAUUAGACAAACACUUCUGUUAGUUUGCACACUGGGUUCAUUAAAAACCAUAGUACAUAUGAAAACCAUUGCACUAAUGAUGAUGCCACAAGCAGGUGUAGAAGAAAAAGGAAAAAGCCCAGGAAAUGUGUUUAUGCCGACUUGUUUUUGUUUAUUUUCGUAGGAAAACUUAAAAUCCACCCUCUCAACGUGUAUUUUAAAGAUGUUCUCUUCCAUUUUGCUUUGUCUUUUCCCUUUUCUCUUAGCAGAUGCUCAGUCACUGUUCUGAGUCCAUAUACCUCUAGCUGCUGAGCUGGGCCAGGAGCUUUAAGCAAGGCAGAGGUGUGUGCCAUGCAGCAGGGAGCCCGUAGCUGGCUGCUUGCUCAGUAAGCUAGGAAGUGCCCAGCCUUUGCUGCAUUCAGAGUUUUAGGUACGUAACUCAGUGCAGAUUCCAAGCAUCACCUUGUAGCAGCGUGUUGGUGUCGUUCAGGUGAAACAACGAUGGCAGUCCUGCUAGCAGAUGUUUGCGUUGUUCUCGUUUGUUGGUUAGCCUGCCAGGUCAGACCUUUGUCUCGUGAUGUGAAUCUAGCUUUUAAAUGAUAGACAGUGUAACAGAAAGCAAACUCCACGUCGCGUUGCCUGUCUUCACGUUUUCCAGCAGCCAGGCUGUAUGUGCCUCCCUUACACGUACUGCUCACCUGCAGAAGCUUUUUCACACUUGACACAUUGCACUUCUGUGUGUUUGCUUCGUGCGUUUCAGAUUUCAAUUCGGCAGAGUUUUAUAAGUGAAUUUAUUUUUAUAUGAAUUACUCUCAACAAAUACAAGGAAGAUCAAGCAUUUUAAAACUCCAGUUAUGUUAUUUGCUGCUUGUUACGCGGAGACCUCUUGGAUGUGAAUUUCGUCCUCCUUUUCCCUCUCUGUGCAGUUCUGGCAUAACUGACUCGGUGCAGAUGGACAGAUGGGGUGAGGAGGACAGACAAGCUGUCUUGACCCCAAAUCUUAUUUCUGAAGCAGGUCACGGCACUCCCUGCACCCUCUGGUGGAUGCAUUCUUUGGGCUGGCAUAGUAGCUGUGCACUCUUGAUCUGAGAGUAGCCGUCAUCUGUGGGUCCUCUUGGAAUGAACAGAGAUUUCUGUGUAGUUUUCCUUCCCUGAGUGUGAAGAACUUGGGAUGGUUACAUGCAUUUCAGGCUGGAGGCGUUUCUGCCUUUCACUGAUUUUUUCAUCCUCUCUUACUGCUGAUUCUGCAGCUUGAUUUCUCCCUCCUUUCCCUUGCUGCCCCUUUUCCCCCAACUGGUGAAUAAUCAAAUAGUUUGAAGCCUUUUUCUAAAACAACAUUGAUGAAGGUACACAUGUAGAAAAGUGCAGUGUGCUGUAAACCCAGAAGCUAUCUUUCUGGCAGCAUUCCUGAAGUUCCAAGUAUUUCCUGUCCAAAAAGAAGAAGAAGAGGUUCGGGGGGAACGGCCGAACACCUCCAACCUUCCUGUUGGUAUUAUUUGCUUACCUCCCAUGUGUUUUGUCAGAACAGCACUAUCUCAGGUAAACACAAAGCUCAAGGUGUCUCUGCCUCGCAUGCAUUCCUGCUGUCGAAGUUGUAGCUGGGGUUGGCAGUUAUAACCACUGAGUCACUGCAGCUCAGGCCAGCAGUAACCAAACACGUUUUACCCUUUUGCAGUUGUGUUUUGAGCCGUGCAAAGGAGACGGCAGUGCAAAAGAGCACUGGGCAGGACCUCUUCCAUUGCAUUCCUUGUGCUCUCUGUUAUUUUCCUGGCAGUGACCUUCUGCCUGAAUUCAGCUGUUGGUGCAAGCUGUCGUGUGCUUAGCAGUCUGAAAGUUGAUACUGAUUGCACCCUGGUGACAAAAAUAUCUCAUUCCCAUUGCAGGCAGGAGCACCGUUACGGACAAACUGAUGCCAGUACUGCAGCAUUUCUUUGGUUUCAGAGCAGCUCACCUUUAAAAGACUGUGCUUGAGAGAUGGACGAGCAUUAAUGAGUUGCUAUGGAUUAGUCUUCUGGAGUUUGUACUGAAAUAAUAACACUAUAGGAACAAAAAUACUCCAGUACUGAAAUAGGUUGUGAAAUCUCUGUCCUUGGAGAGGCUCAGACUUGGCCAGGUGUGGGGUUGGGCAUCUCCAAAGAGCCCUCUCAGAGCACAGGGUUCUGUGACAAUGCCCAUAUUAACAAAGAUAAAAUAUAAAGCUGUCUUUUCUCAUGUUCUGGAUGUAAUACAGUAUUGCUUAUUUUUAGAAAUUUCUGCUCCAGUGGCUCAAUAUGGAACAUCUACCCUGCAUCUUGUACCACCUGGGAAAUAGAGUUGAGUCAGUGCUUAGGAGGAAAUAUCUUAAUGUGAAACGUUGGAGGCAGGUGAAUUUGUCUCUGCCUUACGUGAUUUUGGCAUUUCAGAUAGCUGUAUGCAACGCUAACACUUCUCAUCUGUAUGCACUGAUGUAAGGUCACUUCUGUAUAUUAGAACUCCUUCUUCGGACUUGGUUCAAGUUAGAGUGCUCCAACUAUAAAAUUUGGAUUGCUGAGUUGCAGUCGUUGAUCUUCCAUGUUGCAGAAGUUUUGGUCAAUUUCCUCAUGUUUAGGUCUGUCACAAGGAUUUGAAAUAACUGUGGAGGUUUUUCAGUGCCCAGGUAGCCUUAUGAAAAGAUGGAAGUUCCUUGUUAAGAUGCUUUUGAAGCUUUAUCAGAAGUCACGUGUGCUUGUGCAAAGAGACUUUGUAUUGAAAGCAGACUGGGACACGGAGUGCUUUGCACACUGCUGCCAACACUAUUUCCUUACUGCAGCAAUAAAUGGUCACGUGCAUCUCUCCAACAAACCCCAGUCUUUUUCAUACCAGUGUGCUGGAAGAGCAGGUGUGAGUGGGGCCAUCUUGGUGUCACCCCAUAAGAAUUUAUGGUGGCACAGAUAUAUUUUACAUAGAAAAAAGGAAUGUAAAAAAGUUCUGUUAGUCACACUUGAUUCCAGUGAAAUAAAUUAACUUUUCCUAUUUGCUUUAAUACUUUUCUCUUUCAGUAACCUCUUUGUGUGUGUGUGUGUGUUUGUCCUGACCCGUGUGCUUGCUCAAUUUCUAAUACAGAACAAUACAUUUUUUUACCUUUAUAUUACAUUUGGCAAUGGGCUUCUUGUUGCACUCUUGCAGUCUUUUCUAAGGAAAACUUUAAGUAGGAGGCAAUUGCACUGAUUGUUUUUAAUCUCUCUUUUUACUGUAAGACGUUUUUGGCAUCUGCUGUAGCUGUUUAAAAAUACUGUAAAUAGUGCUCUGUAUAGCAGAUAUUGAAAUGCUGUGGAUCUCAGUCCUUGUACUUCCAUUGUAGGAAUACUCUCAUAUUCUACAGUAUUGAGAUAAGAGCUUUGGUUUUUCAGUGUUGUUGUACUUGGUUUGCAUUCUGGUAUGAAUCCAAGGGCACAGUUGCUUUCUCACGUGUUUCCUGGCUUCUUUCAGCAUUUGAUUCCUGCCUUGUGUUGAGAAGAACCAACCUCUGUGGCAGAAUUAGUGGAAUCGUGGGGCAUUGGGGUGGAAGUUACUAUGCUGGGAUGCAGAACAGCAAGUUUUGUCUCCAGUGACUGGAAGGGUGCAUCCCUCCAAAGAUGCCCUCAGUCUGAUGGAGAUGGGGUUUGCAGUGUGCGCGUGGUGCGCAAUCAGUUUUAUGCUUCAGUUGCUUUUCUUGUGUUGUUUUUUGCUUGAAGUGUUAAUAUGAAUGUAAUGGCUUGGCCAAAUCACUACAAAAGGUGUUUUUAUAGGACUCUUAGUUAGCAAGCAGAUGCAGUUCAAGGCUACCUCCUGUGUUCCUCUGCAGAUAAAUUAAUUUGUGAAGUGAACCUACUACUACAGCAGCCAAAAUGCUCCCAGAUCAACUGUAUUCUUGUUAUGUAUUCUGCUUUGUUCCUUGCUGGAGAGCUGCUGGUGCCAUACUGUGAUCUUGGAUGUCUUCCUGAGGUGUCCAUGCCAAAGUGGUUGUUGAAGUCUCAGAACUAGCAAGGCAGAUCUCAUCCAGCACGCCUGCUUCCAUGCAGUCCCUUUACCUUCUGCCCAUUCUCUUGCUGAGUUGAUAUACUGUUGUUUCCAGAUGAGAAGCGUUUUCAUAGUUUAGCCAUUGGCUGAAAAAUACUAUCAUGUUUUCAUUGCAAAUGACAUGAAGGUGCUUGAAAAUAUAUUUUGAAUCUGAGGUAAAAAAAAAUAUAUAUAUAUAUAUAUAUGAGUAUUUUUUUAACACUUUUUGGAUAAGUCGAUGUGAGACUGUAACGUUGAGAAUUAUUCCCUGCUCAGACCACAUUUGAUAAACUUUGAAGUGGAGAGGAAAAGAUUUGGAGUAUUGUUUGUAUUGUGACUGCUUGGUGUGUCAGUUUGGUGCAGAGCCUCGGCUGUAACUCAGUCCUGAAGUAAGCACACGCCAACUAAAGGUGCUUUACAUAACCUGAAUAGAAACUGUAGAAAACUGUGUUAAUGCAUCGCUGUUUACGAUGCAUCCAAACAAGCUUCCUCGUUUUGUAAUUAGCCACUCUGCUGACAGAAAUGCUCCCUGGUUGUGCUCAGUGUGCUGGUGUGCUUUCAUAGCACUCUUCCAGCUUUACGGGCUUUGUGCUCUGGAAGUGAGCAUUUCAGAAAGAAGUUAGCCCAGGAUUGCUUGCUGUCUUCAAUGUCUUCAUCUUUAGCCAUCGAUGUGAAUGAUGCUUAUUUCUGGCAGGGAUGAUUGCUGAUGUUCUGGUUUGUGGAAGAAUUCUUAUUGAGCAGUGGUGAGUGACUGAAUAAACAAGUUCAUCUAAUAACUAAAGGGAUGAUGUCCGAAACACUCUUUCCCAUUUGCUGUUAUAACUUAACAAGGCUCCCUGCAAAAGCAUGAAGUGUUUUGCUCUAGGGGAAAUGGCUCCUUUCAGAAAAUACUUUGCUGUGUCUUGCUGUUAGGAAUCCACAGACACUGUUGGCACUGCUGUGGCUUCGAAGAGGUUUCAGGGCACUGAACUUCUCUGUGAGAAAAACCUUACACAACAAGGAGAGAAACAUUGUGUACUUCAUAGGAAGGUCUGCAAACCUGAAAGAGCAUCAGGAGGAGCCCAGCACUGGAUGUCUAAUAUUGAGAAAUGCCAUCUGUGCCAUGCAGCUACCCCAUCCUUUGUGCAAAUAAGGCAAAGUGAAACACUAUGCACAACCCUGACCCCAGAAAGGCAGUGUUGGUGGGUAGGCCCCUGGAAGCUAGGCUCUGCUUUUAGCCCUUGGUAUUGCAGAGAAUUUAGGAUUUGGUUGGAGUGAAGACAGGGACAUGUGCUGAAUUUGUAGGUGAGAGGUUGGUGGGAGCUGGUCUUGGAGUUUUGCACUUGGCAGCGCUAAAAAUGUGAAUGGCUGCUGCUCUUUUCCUUCUUUUUAAACAUCUUCAGAAGAAGAACUGUUUACAAUUUGUCCCUGUACUGCCUCAACAGAUGCAUCUUAAACUACCUGUGGCAGCUCUCCAGCCAACCAGCCUACCCAGCGUUCUGAAGAGCCUCCAGUUGGCAUCAGAAGGCUGUGUUAAAGGGUGUGUUUGUUUGUAAAUAGUGGCUUUGUGUGCACAGAUUGCCUCCCCCAGCCUUUUGGAUGUGCUAUUCUCAACUGAAAUACCAGCUGGAAUAGCUGCUAUCUCAGCAGCAGUUACAGAUAUGACUUAACCUCAGAGUAAAUUUAUGAAUUGGCCCUAAAGAAUAAAUUUAAACAUACAGGAUCCUGAAAAAUGAGUUGAGACAUUUCUGCCCAUUUUGGUUUUGAGUGUGCUUGGCAAACAUGAGCAGUGGGAAGGUCAGCAACCGAGCUCGGGAAUUUCUGGUCCCUUCUCUGGUUCCUUGGUUAGAUUUCUCAUCAGAAAAAUGCUUGUGAUGUGGAUUCUAUUCUUUCUUUAUCAGCUUUUCCUGUUCCCACAUAUACAGACAGGAAGCUUCGUUCUUAUCAGGGUAUGUAAAGCUGUGUGGUUGUGCUUGUCAUGCACACAACUCAAAGCAGAUGUGGUCCAUGCUGUAUGGCACGGGCACCUGGCAGUGGAUGGGAUCGAGCCCAUCAGAUGUGGACACAACAGCCAGAGAAGCGUGUGUCCACGUUUCACUAAUAUUAAUUCUGCAUCAUCUGGAGGUGGUCAGAACCCACUGUUAAUGUGCUAUAAAAAAGAGGUAAUGCUGACCCUGGUUCUUUUGUUCCUCAUUUUCUCAUUAGACAUGUAAGGCUGAACCUUAAAUUUCUCAUCUCAUUUACAAGUGACAAUGCUGUUAUUUUAUCUUAAAUACCAUGUCUCCAAUUGCCUGCCUGACUUGAAUCUUUAAUUGAUCUUAAAUUACCUCUCAGUGUUUAAUCCCCAGAAUGCCUCUAAAUUAAAUGAAGAUUGUUGUAUGUGCCCAUUUUUUAUUACCUAGUGUUUAACAGCAGAAAUAGUUUGUGUUUUCUUGAUUAUAUGGAGGGAAGGGUGAGAUAAUGUGUGAAUUUGCUCAUGGAAGAAGAUGGACUUGAGGAGUAAUUACUGGUAGACUGUCUGGGAAAGCAGCACAUCAUAUGGGGGAAGCAGAAGCAAAACAUGAGGAGUAAGGUUCAGAAUUACGUAUCCAUGGAAAACUAAAUCACAGAUUCUGAAAGUACAUCUGGCAAAGUUGUGGGCUGUUCUGGAAGGUUGCAGUUUGUUGUGAUUUCUUGGUUCAGCUUGGAAAACGAUGUGUGUACACAGGGGUGUGUGUGUGUGCGUGUCCACGUGUCACUGAAAGCUGAGUGUGGCUCUUUGUGUAUAAAAAUACAGAAGGAGAAUAUGAGCACAACUUCACUGGCUUCCGUAGUGCUUUGUGAGGGUGUGCAACCACAAAAUCUCAGACUUGAGGGCUGUUUGUAAAUGCAGACUCAGUCCCACGUUUCUGUGCAGCAAAGUGGUUAACUGAUCAUGGGGGGAGAUGAGACAGAGAACAGAAUGUAUUAAAUCCUUUUUCCUUUAAUUCGGUAUGUUGCAGAUUGAAUGAACAUCUGUUAAGAUGUUCAUAUCUUUCUGUUAAUAUUUUUAAAUUUUUAAAAUAAAAAGAAUGGAAAAAGAACCAAGAAUUAAUUCAGAAAUUUUGUAUUGGACGCGCUCCCUUGAAACAAAAAUGUUUUUGUAACCAGUUUAUCAUUUUGAAAGCAAAAACGGAGAUGCUAAGGGCCUCAUUUCAAGUGGUACUGAGUGCGUGCUGACUGUUGUGUGUGCUUGCGGUGUGUCAACGCUGUAGUGCUGGCUGGGUAAGACUGGCACUUGUCAUACAAAAUCCAGGUGUAGAAAUACCCUCUCCUGACUUUUAAAUGCAUCAGCGGCGUCGUAGGGCUUAUUGCAGAGAUGAGGUGUUGCUCUGUGUUACUCAGAACUGCUGAGGCUCUGUGUAGGUGUGGAGGGUCGCAAUGCGUCGUGUUUGUCUUGAUGACGUAGCGUAACGUUUGCAUGAUGCUGUGUGGCAAUGCCACCUUAAGCCUUAAAACAAAGAUAAAUUUGACAGAUUUUCUCAGAGUAUGCAAAAAAAUACUGUUUAAUGAGAGUAGAGUGUUCCUGUAAGGCUGAACUAGUUAAAAAAAAAAAGUUGUCUGAGAUGGAAAGGGGAAGCUGUAGAUCUCUAUACUGUGACCGACCUCUGUAGGCAGUGGCUGUCACUGUGCCCCGCAGAAGCUGAUGCGUUGCUCUGGCAGCCUGCCCCAAUUCUCAGUUCUUAGCUUUAUUUGUGUUGGAUGUGUUGUGCUCCCUCCCCCUGUUAGGAGAUCUCUGUCUGGAGGAGGAGGAUGACUUAACACUUAUUUGGUGUUGGAAAAACUCUUCUCAAGUUGUGUGCUUGCUUCACAUAGCGCCGUCAUUCGCCCUUCCUGCGCCCGAUGUCUGAUCCUUAAACCAUUUGAACUGGGGGCAAACCAAGCAGUGGGGACCCAGCUUUCUUUGUCCGUUUGGAUCUACCUCAUGUAAACAGUUGGGUGCUAUUUACUCAAAUUGUCUCAGAUGAGAUUGGCAAAAAGCGACCAAACCGCGUUUGACAGCCGCCCUCGGCACAGGCUGUCCUCCGCAACCCAAACCCUUUGGGUUUCUUCUUCGCAGACGACAGUGUUGUAUUUGAGUUGUGUCCUUCGUGCCUUUGUGUUUGUUUUUUUUUUUUCCCAGUGCAUAACAAUCAAAGGUCGUGUCCUUGAUUAAGAACAGCCAAUGAAUUUUAACCACAAAGUUUAAAAAAGCAGCAAAGUAGCUUUAGCAAAUGUGAUUUUUCAGUGUCAGAUCCACGUGUACAGUAUCACGGCAGAACUAGGCAAAGAGAACAAGCCAAUAAAGAACUCCUUGAGAUAUAUAUAAUCCCAACCCUAGAGAUGUACCUCUGUGUAUCCAUUCAAGUGCAUAUAUAUACAUACGUGGCACAGCUGCGUGCGUCUGUAUAUAAAAUGGAAGGAUGUGUGGGUAAGGGAAUAAAAUGUCAUCGACUUUUCCACAGUUUUCUAUGGAACAGUUUACAACUCUGUAUAGGUUUUUCUACUACGUGAACCUUUUUUACAUUAAAAAAAAAAUAAUAAUUCCUUUUUGGAAAAUUUAAGUUGUGAUAUAUGCUAUUUUUUUUUUUUUUUUGAAGUUGGGGGAAAAAAAAUCAAUCAACUUUUUACCAAUACCUAAUAUGGGGGUGGGGGGACGAAUCUCUUGUGUACUCUUUAGUUUAAUUAGUAAAGAAAAAUGAUGUAUGGGAUUGUAAAAGUGCUGACAUUCCGUGGUGGCAGGACUUCCAAGUGUUUCCUAAGGCUUUCUGCUGCAGAGAGACUCGAACAAAGGAAAAUGCCUCUGUUAAAUGUUUUUAUAAAACUGCUCCAUCAGGUCUAUACUUAAGCUAUAUUUUCUAAAGCCUAAUCAUCCUUUAAUAUGCUGCAUAUAAAUUAUCAGCAUGGUUGCACUUUCUCAAUAAUAAUGUAUGCCCUACAAUUGGCUCAUGAUAAGGACUUUAGUUUUUUAACAGAACAGAUAGUACUUUGGGCAGAAGGUAAUAUUUAUAUAGGUACCUCAAGAAAAAAAAAAAAGAGCCUGAAUAUGCUGCAUUUUGUUCCUUUAACAUUGUUCAUGUAGCAUUUGUUUGCUUUUGUUUUUGUAGUAGACGACCAGCUACCUGUUUGCUUUGGGGGACCCCAGUAGUGUUUUCUGUUCCGCUCGUAGGAUGUCGUGUCCUGCCUUGGUUGCAUGGACGGGGGUUGCCCUGCAUUGCGUAUGCAACGGGGAGGGGGGACCACGAGGACGUUGCUUUACGUAGGCUUCAGGAAAAGGAUGCUGUAUUCCUACAACAGGCAAUAGAUGUUCUGAAUGGUGAAUCUGUUGUACCGCUUUCUUGACUCUUUUCGAGUGCGGAGAGGAGGCAGCUGAUUAACGAGGGAAGCCCAGCAGCCUGAGCUUGCCCUGUUGGUCCACGUUCUGAGGUGGCUCGGCCGUGCUUCCCAACCUCUGGCUUUGUGGAGAGCUGCUCCCUGCCGUGUGCCCCGUUCCCUGCGGCCUCUUGCUGGUGUGGGUGCAUCUUCUGCUGCUUUGUUUCCGAGUCAGUGAAAACCUAAAAACAUGCAGAGGUGGGGAAUUUUUGUUGAGAGCUUUUGAAGGAAGCUUCAGAGGCUGUGAAGUUGAACAUUUGUUGUCACAUUCUUAAGCUUAGGUGGGUCCUCUUCCAAGUUUGUUUUACAGCUUGCAAGGUAAAAUAGUUUGCACUACUUUUGCAAUAAACUCAUGAAAAACCUAACAGUUUCUGUUUUGGUUUCUUACUGUAUAUAUACAACUAAUACUAAAGAUUUAGCAUAGUGUUUCUCACCUCAAAACAUUAAGACUCGUAACAAGCUCAGAAUGCUGUAAUUCCUGACAAAAUAAUGAUGUGAAUGAUAUUUUAUAAAGUUAUUUUGUAUGGUGUCAAUUUUGUUUUGCCUCAUAGUAUGUCAAUAAAAUAAAAUUUCUCAUCUUUA